CUUAUCGAUCACUGUAUAGCGCUCUUACAAAAAUCUCCUCUAUUAUUUUGUCAUUUCAGUUAUUCAGUAUGUAAAAAGUGAUUAAUCAUCUUGACUCAUUCAAUCUGAUCAGGCACAAUGGAUUUCGAAGGAGGAGAGUACAGCUACAGAUGCCACAGUGGAUCCAGACCAGUCCAGAUUCAGUCAAACAACAUGGAUGGUCAAGGACAAGACAACUCAGGGUCAAUGACACAUUCUCAACAUCAAGGACCAGACAUGGACAUCUGUGAUUGGCCGAUCUAUGGACCAGCUCGAGCUGAAGACACCAUUGAAGAAAAACACCAGAUUCAGCAUAACAUGGAUAAUCAGGGAGGAGAGUACAGCUACAGAUGCCAAAGUGGAUCCAGACCAGUCCAGAUUCAGUCAAACAACAUGGAUGGUCAAGGACAAGACAACUCAGGGUCAAUGCCACAUUCUCAACAUCAAGGACCAGACAUGGACAUCUGUGAUUGGCCAAUCUAUGGACCAGAUGAAGCUGAAGACAUCAAUGAAGAAAAGUACCAGAUUCAGCAUAACAUGGAUAAUCAGGCUGUAUAUUUAGACCACAAUAAUUCAAAACAUCGAUUUGAAAUUAUAGUGCUAAAGCCAGAGGUUCUGAUUGAAGAAGAAGAAUACCAACAACAUGAAGGAAUAAUGAAAGAAGAGGAGAUUCAGCAAGGAAAUGAUGCAGGCAUACAGAUUGAAAGCAUCUAUUCUUUCUCAACAGAUAGACUGAACCUUGACCCCUUCAUACCUGAACACUUAAAAGUUGAGAAUAUAGAAGAAUCUUAUGAAACACACUCAGAAACAUUAGUGCAUAUUGAAGAAAAUUCUUCUGACACAUUAUUUACACAUUCUGAAAGUACAAGCUUACCACAAGGUGUAUGUAUAUCAAACUUUGUUGAACAAGGAGGUUCAAGCUCCAUCAAUAGAUCAUUUGAUGAAACUCUUGGGAACACUUUGAUCAACGAUUCUGAUGAAGACCUCAAUGAGGUUGACUUAUUAAUUAAAAAUGCAAGGAAGAAUGUGUUUGAUGCAGCAAGUGAUAGUGAAUUAACUGAAUGUCAGUUGUGUGGUGAAGCAUUCAGCAACAUCAGAGAAUUAAAUCUUCAUUGUAGAAUACACACAGCUGGGAAACAACGUAAGUGCAAGUACUGUGACUACAAAACAAAAAAUAAAGAACAUCUCAUGCAACAUAUAAGAAUUCACACUGAAGAAAAACCCUACAGCUGUGAUUUUUGUGAUUACAAAGCAAUACAAAAAUCAAAUCUCACCCAACAUUUAAGGAUUCACACUGGAGAGAGACCCUACAGCUGUGAUUUCUGUGACUAUAAAGCAACACAAAAAUCAUCUCUCAACCAACAUUUGAGGAUUCACACUGGAGUGAGACCCUACAGCUGUGAUUUCUGUGACUACAAAGCAACAGUGAAAUCAAAUCUCACCCAACAUUUGAGGAUUCACACUGGAGAGAAACCCUUCAGCUGUGAUUUUUGUGACUACAAAGCAACAGUGAAACCAGCUCUCACACAGCAUUUAAGGAUUCACACUGGAGAGAGACCCUUCAGCUGUGAUUUCUGUGAUUACAAUGCAAUAAAGAAAUCAUCUCUCACCAAACAUAUAAGGACUCACACUGGAGAGAGACCCUUCAGAUGUGAUUUCUGUGACUACAAAGCAAUACACAAAUCAGCUCUCAAUAUACAUCUGAGGACGCACACUAAAGAAAGACCCUAGAGCUGUGAUUUCUAUUACUACAAAACAAAUCUAAAAAAAAAUUAAGGAAACACACUUGCAAAAAACUUUGAAAUUCAAUUUUUCCAUACAAAAUUUCUCACAGUCCAAAACAACAUUCAAAUACUAAAAAUAUUUAACUGAUUUCUGAGGCCCCACAACUCUUACAACAGCUCAACCCUCAAAACUCUGAACUAUUCAUUAACAUAGAAAAUAUAUAAAUAAUUAGAUCGAUUAUUAUUUAAAUAGAAACUAUGUCAAUCAGAAAUCAAUCUCAGACAUAAUACUUCAAGAAAGUUUCAAAAUGUUAUUGUCUUGCCCUUCUUAUCAUCUGCAUGAUUCAUCAAUUAUUUUCUAUCUGAAUAUUUUUUUAAAUUUAGCUGACUCAUUGUACAUACUACUAUAAAUAUUCCCAGAUUUAUUUUUUUAGUCAGUACAAUAUGUAUUCAUAUUUUUCGAAUAUCUGUGCAAUAGAGUAUAAUAGUUUUCAAAUAAAACUCUCAAUAUUCAUUUUUGUCUUUUCUAUCUAUUCUAUUAUAAAAUUAUCCAUUAAUGUCUAUGAAUGCAACAUCAGUUAUGUCUUUUCAAAUAAAUUAUCCUUGCUUCUAUUACAUUUUAUUUUAAAACACUUUUUAACCAGACUAUGUUCUAGUGUUUUCAAUGUUACAAAAUUGAUUAUGCUCUUUGCACCUGGAUUCACAAGAUUUUUGUUCUUAAAUAACGUUUUAAUUGCAUUAAUUUAAGAAUUGAAAUGAGAGACCAAAAUAUGUUCUUUCUAAAUUCACCAAUUUCACUUUCACCACCCACUUAUCUUUUGAAACAAAAGAGUUUUAGUAUUUCAAAAAUUUUAUGUUUGUUUGUAUAGUAUUGCUAAAGUGUUUAGUAUUAAUAAUUUUUGUAUAGUAGGGCUCAUCGAAUUUCCAUCAAGCUGUUUACUCUGUUGUCAAUAUUUGCAGUAGCAGAAGUCUUUUGGGGUGAUUUACAGCAUCUAAUUUGGAUGUCUGUCUAAUAAUAAUAAUUGUUACAAGACUUGUCAUGCUCUUUGCACCUGGAUUCACAAGUUUUUUUGUUGAAAAAGAUAGACUCUAGAAUCAUUGAUAAUAAACUGAGUCUGAACUGGACAGAAUAGGUUCAGGAACAGCAAACUUAUAAUAAUAAAUCAAAGACAUUCUCAUCAAACCAAAUAGGUAGGUUUAUUUCUAUAAUUUAAUUCAAGUUUACUUGGAAAUGGUUGAUUUCAAGGCUCAAAUGAGUCGUCCAUUUACAAAAGUGCCUACUUGCCAAAAACAAAAUUUUUCAAGAAACAAGAAAACCUUCAUUCCAUUGAAAUUAUGAGUUAAUCAAUUACUGUUAAGUUUAUAAAAAUCCGUUAAAAAAUUGGAAACACAAUUUACAAGGUCUUAGAUUACAAUAUUUUUUUAUAUAUAUAGUAGUUUUAAGCUGUUUUAAUAUGCAACUAGACAGUUUUGGAGAAAAUAUUUGUAAUUAGCAAGUUUUGGAAAUGGACCUUUGUCAAGUUAGCUAGUUUUGAUACUGUAAAUGAAUCAGGUCUGAUUUGGAAAUCUUAAACAACAAAGAGCCUG